AUGCUUCCAGAACAGGGGCUUCUGAGUGACUGCGGGAACAAUUACUUCCAAAUGACCUCCUGUAUCUUAGCGGGGAACAUUGAGACCACACCCAAGGUCUCUCCUGGAGAUUCUGAAGCCAAACCUCUGAUCUUCACAUUUGUCCCCACUGUCAGAAGACUACCAACCCACAUUCAGGUGGCUGACACUUCCAAAUUCCUUGUUAAAAUUCCUGAGGAAUCACGUGAUAAGAGUCCAGAAAGUGUAAAUAGGUUUGAGUACAGUGAUCAUAUGACCUUCAGCUGUGAGAGCAAGCAGGAGAAAGACCAGAGGCUACUGGCUUCUGCCUCAGAGGGAAGUGGAAGGAAUUUACAAGGAAAGAAACUGGAUAUGAACGACCCACUAGGAAUGCAGAAAGGUGACCUCUUCAAAGCAGAAUAUGUUUUUAUUGUGGAUUCUGAUGGGGAAGAUGAAGCUACAAGCAGACAAAGUGAACAAGGCCCUCCAGGGGGAGUAGGCAACAUAGCUACCCGGCCCAAGUCCUUGGCUAUUUCUUCUAGUCUGGCCUCUGAUGUGGUACGUCCCAAAGUGCGUGAGGCUGAUCUCAAGACCUCAUCACAUCCCGAAAUUCCUCAUGCGAUGGCCCCUCAGCAAAAGCAUGGGCAGCUAACUUCUCCCACUACCUCUGAGCAGCUUGCUCAUAAACCACCUGCUUUCUCCUUUGUUUCUCCAACUAAUCAGAAAACGCCACCUGUCCCAGCUAACGUCAGCGGAGCCUGUGUGCUAGAGGAGUUUCACACUCGCAGGCUGGAUGCCACAGGGGCCUCGGUUGAAGAAACAGCUACGUAUUUUCACACUACUGCUCGCGAUUCCCCCCUUUCUGCAUGGAGAGAUGCUUCCUCACUAGUAUUUUCCCCUCCCACUCAACUGCCAGGUUCUAGUUUAUGUGGCUCAAAUGUUGCUGAUCACACACGUGGGCUGGAAUCUGAAGCACAGAAGAAAGCAUCAACGUCGCAUGUUCUUAAUCCCAGGGAAGAUCUGAGAACCUCCCCUUCAACUGCCUCGGGUGCUUCUCUGAAGUCACCUUCAGCUUCCUACAUACCUGUCCGAAUUGUCAUGCAUUCACUGUCUCCAAGUCCCAAACCAUUUACCUCAUCUCCCCAUGGCUCUUUAUCCACUGUCUCUAGCCGAAUGUCAUCCACUGGAAAUCUCUCAAAGUCAGGGCUGAAGUCCUCAGUACCUUCUCGGCUCUCUCUCCUCACUGCUAUCCUCAAAUCAAACCCUUCUCACCAAAGGCCUUUAUCCCCUGCGUCAUGCCCAACCUUCUCCCGCAACUCCCUGGCCUCUUCCACACUCACACUUGAUCAGAAAGUAAAACAAUCUUCAUCCACACCUAAGAAAUCUCUCUCAAGUUGUUCCUUGAUAGCUGGUUCAACAGAACAAGGAGAACACCAGGCGUCUGCAGAGAACCACCAAUCCUACCACCUCCCUUGCUUUUCCAAAUCUCCCCCACUUUCUCAGUCGUACCCCCUCUCUCCACCAACACCUGACAGUAGCAUCUAUGCUUCUAGGAAUGUAGAGAAAGCACAAGGCAUACUGAGGAGCAGCACAACACUACCCCAGUUACAGAGCGACACAUUCGGUUUUGCUGAUGUUCCCUCUAUCACAUCCAGCUUAUCCCCGCUUUCUUCUUUGGAGGGCAGACAGGAUGGUGACCUCAGGGGUCCAGAAAGGAGCGGAAAUAUUUGCAAAUACCCUUCUACCUUCUUAUCCUCUGCAUCUCCUGCUAAUGAAAGCACUGCACUUUCCUCUCUAGAGAAAUGUUUCCACCCCUCCCCAGUCCUCUCGGAGCUGAUAGACAGAUCCCAAAGAGCCUGCUCUCAGCAACUAGCAGGUCAGGAACUGCGCCCUUCAGUUCUGCCCGCUCCUCCUAUCUCCCGUGCUGGCUCUAUGCCUCCCGCCAACUUGGGACUCUCCAUUCUCCCUCCCGAGAGUUCACUCACCCAGGGACUCCAGCCUAGUUCUUCAGUACUGCACCCGAGUUGUGGCAGUGGCGCAAGAACUGGAACACCUGAAAGCACAGUGUCCAACCACAGCUCACUUGUUCCAACCUCAUCACUUCCUGUCUCACUAACAAGAACCAAGGAGCUGAGCACACCUUGCGCGCUGUCCAUGUCAACAGGCCCUGAGAAUAAGAAGCCCAAGCAAUACAAGACCAAGUCAAGCUACAAGGCUUUUGCAGCAAUCCCUACAAACACAUUGCUCUUGGAACAGAAGGCACUAGAUGAACCAGCCAGGACUGAAAGCAACUCCAAAGCCAGCGUGUUAGACCUUCCAGUGGAGUUGUAUUUCCCUGCACAGCUCAGGCAGCAAACUGAAGAGGUCUGUGCUACCAUUGAUAAGGUCUUGAAGGACUCCUUGUCUAUGCAUUCUUCUGACUCUCCUUCACGGCUCCCACAGAAAGUGUUGGGUUCCGAAACAAUCAAAACUCCUACAACUCAUCCAAGAGCAGCUGGUCGAGAAACCAAAUAUGCAAAUCUUUUAUCAACAUCCUCUACAGCAUCUGAGAGUCAACUGACUAAGCCUGGAGUAAUUCGCCCAGUUCCUGUAAAAUCCAAACUGUUACUGAGAAAGGAGGAAGAAGUCUAUGAACCCAAUCCCUUCAGUAAAUACCUUGAAGACAACAGUGACCUGUUUUCUGAGCAGGAUGCAGCCAUCCCUCACAGGCCUGUCUCUCUCCAUCCUUUAUAUCAGUCUAAACACUACCCUCCUGAUAAGUCCCUGCUGCAUCCACAGACCUUGUCUCAUGCUGACUGUCUUACCCCAGGACCCUUCAGUCAUUUGUCCUCCUUCUCACUGAGGGAUGAACAGGAGAAGUCCCCCACUCUCCUUAGUCAGGACACAUACAAUAAGUCAAAUGGAGGUGUGCCUGCGCAGUGCAUGGUGCAUACUUUUCAUCGGAGGUUGCUGGUCAUGGACUUCUCACUUGAAAGGCAGGAGCAGCAGCUGUCAGAAAUGUAG